GUGUGUUGCUGGGCGCAUGCGCAUUGGUGUCGGGAGCGAUGGGCGGUCGGUUGGCUGAAUGAAGCAGUUCGGUCAGUGAACUGAAGGUGAUCCUUCUUGACCGUUGGGCAUGUUGAAAAUAAUGAGCAAUCCAUAUGCUGACCUCUUGGAGCCCCUUGAUCCUAACAGGAAGGAAAAGAAGUUCUACAAUCUGUGCAAAUUGGGCGAUGAAAGAUAUGCACGUUUGCCAUUCUCUAUCCGGGUACUUCUAGAAGCAGCAGUCAGAAACUGUGACUGUUUUCUUGUGAAGAAAGAUGAUGUUGAAAACAUAUUGAACUGGAAGGUGACCCAACACAAUGGUGUUGAAGUGCCUUUUAAACCUGCUCGUGUCAUCUUGCAGGAUUUCACUGGUGUACCUGCUGUGGUUGACUUUGCUGCUAUGCGAGAUGCUGUGAAAAAACUGGGGGGAGAUCCAGAGAAGAUCAAUCCAAUUUGUCCUGCAGAUUUGGUUAUUGAUCACUCCAUCCAAGUAGAUUUCAACAGAUGGCCAGACAGCUUGCAAAAAAAUCAAGAAAUUGAAUUUGAAAGAAACAAAGAAAGAUUUGAGUUCUUGAAGUGGGGUUCUCAAGCUUUUCGAAAUAUGAGGAUUAUUCCUCCUGGCUCAGGAAUCAUCCACCAGGUGAAUUUGGAAUACUUGGCAAGGGUGGUGUUUGAUCAGGAUGGCUAUUACUACCCUGACAGUCUGGUGGGUACGGACUCUCACACAACAAUGAUCGAUGGCCUAGGUGUGCUUGGCUGGGGUGUGGGUGGCAUUGAGGCAGAGGCAGUGAUGUUGGGCCAGCCAAUCAGCAUGGUUCUUCCAGAGGUGGUUGGUUAUAAAUUGGUAGGAAGCCCACACUCCUUGGUAACAUCAACAGAUAUAGUCCUCACAAUUACAAAACACCUUCGCCAAGUUGGGGUUGUGGGCAAAUUUGUUGAAUUCUUUGGACCAGGAGUGGUGCGAUUGUCCAUUGCUGAUCGAGCAACUAUUGCCAACAUGUGUCCUGAGUAUGGGGCAACAGCAGCUUUCUUUCCUGUUGAUAAAAUCAGUCUGAAGUACUUGGAGCAAACAGGUCGAGACGAAAAUAAACUGAACUACAUUGAAAAAUAUCUAAAAACAGUUGGUAUGUUCAGGGAUUUCAGUGAUUCAUCCCAGGAUCCAGAGUUUACACAGAUUGUGGAAUUAGAUCUCAGCACUGUGGUAUCAUGCUGCAGUGGUCCCAAACGACCUCAGGACAAAGUGGCUGUGUCCAAUAUGAAGCAAGAUUUUGAAAGUUGUUUGACAGCAAAGCGAGGAUUUAAAGGAUUUCAGAUUCCGCAGGUUCGUCAAGACGACAAAGUGAAGUUUCAAUACAACAAUCAGGAUUAUGAAUUGUGCCAUGGUUCAGUGGUAAUUGCUGCCAUCACCAGCUGUACAAACACCAGCAAUCCAUCUGUAAUGUUAGGAGCAGGAUUGUUGGCAAAGAAAGCAGUAGAAGCUGGUCUUAAUGUUAAACCAUAUAUCAAAACCAGCUUAUCUCCAGGAAGUGGGGUAGUUACCUACUACUUAAAAGAGAGUGGAGUCAUGCCCUAUCUUGCCAAGCUAGGGUUUGAAGUUGUCGGCUAUGGGUGCAUGACGUGCAUUGGUAACAGUGGUCCACUCCCAGAGUCUGUAGUGGAGGCCAUUACUAAGAAUGAUCUUGUUGCAGUUGGAGUAUUGUCUGGGAAUAGAAACUUUGAAGGCCGUGUACAUCCCAACACACGUGCUAACUAUUUGGCUUCGCCACCAUUGGUUAUUGCAUAUGCCAUAGCUGGUAGUAUAAGGAUCAACUUUGAAGUGGAACCAUUAGGUGUUACUGCGGAAGGAAAGGAAAUCUUUCUGAGAGAUAUUUGGCCAACCAGGGAGGAACUGCAAGCGAUUGAGAGGGAAUUUGUUAUUCCUGCCAUGUUCAGGGAAGUUUAUGAGAAGAUUGAGAAAGGAAAUGAAUGCUGGAAUUCUUUGAAUGCUCCUGGUGACAAACUCUAUACUUGGAAUCCCAGGUCAACAUAUAUCAAAUCGCCACCAUUUUUUGAAAACCUGACAGUAGAACUGCAGAGUCCUAAACCUAUCAUUGAUGCCUAUGUUCUUUUGAAUUUGGGUGAUUCAGUGACAACUGAUCAUAUCUCUCCAGCGGGGAAUAUUGCCAGAAACAGCCCAGCGGCACGGUAUUUAACUGAUCGAGGUUUAACUCCUCGACAGUUCAACUCCUACGGAUCCCGUCGAGGAAAUGAUGCAGUAAUGGCAAGAGGAACAUUCGCAAACAUUCGGUUGCUCAAUAAAUUCCUCAACAAGCAGGGACCGCAGACUAUUCAUUUUCCCAGUGGAGAAAUACUUGAUGUGUACGAUGCUGCAGACCGCUAUCAACAACAUGCUCAUCCUCUGAUUAUUUUGGCUGGUAAGGAGUAUGGAUCAGGGAGCUCAAGAGACUGGGCAGCAAAGGGUCCCUAUUUGCAGGGCAUCAAAGCUGUCCUUGCUGAGAGUUAUGAACGCAUUCACCGAAGUAAUCUUGUGGGGAUGGGGAUAAUUCCCUUGGAAUAUCUACCGGGGCAGACUGCUGACAGCUUGGGACUUACAGGUCUUGAACGCUUUACUAUCUCAAUUCCGAACCAGAUGAAGCCCAAGAUGAAUGUGGAGAUUAAGCUUGACACUGGCAAGUCCUUCCAAGCUACCAUGCGAUUUGAUACCGACGUGGAAUUGGCCUACUUCCACCAUGGUGGUAUACUGAACUACAUGAUCCGAAAGAUGAUAUCAAAUUAGUUGGAGACUACUUUUUGUUUGUUGGUGGCGGUUGGGGGAGUGGGUGAAGGAGGUGAUAAAGGUUCGAUCAUCUCGAAAAACGCACAAAUUGAAAGCACUAGUUAUCAGAAGUAAAUGUUGAUGAUUGUUUUAUUCCAGUUUAGUUGGAGCAAUUCUGACUGGGUUUUGUAAUUAGGUAAAAGAUUUUUGUAAUUCCCUUUCUAGAACUAAUUUUUAACUACAAUUCAUUGAAAUUACCUCUUCAAACAUUUGCAAGUUAUUAUUUAGUCAGUUAUAAUAAUGAAAUCUAUUUUUGAAACCUACAUACUUGCAGUAUCAUUAAA